GCCGYGGCGCGCCGGGAAGGCGGAAGCGGCUCCCGUGGCCCGAGUGCGGCACCGGGGGCCGGGCCAGCCAUGGCAGGGGCCGGCUGGGCUCCUCCGCGCCUCGACGAGUUCAUCCUCACCGAGCGCCUGGGCUCCGGCACCUACGCCACCGUCUACAAGGCCUACAGGAAGAGGGACACGCGGGAGGUGGUGGCCAUCAAAUGCGUGAACAAGAGGAGCCUGAACCGGGCAUCGGUGGAGAACCUGCUGACCGAGAUCGAGAUCCUCAAAACCAUCCGCCAUCCCAACAUUGUGGAGCUCAAGGACUUCCAGUGGGACAGUGACCACAUCUACCUGAUCAUGGAGUUCUGCGCCGGGGGGGACCUGUCCCGCUUCAUCCGGAUGCGCCGCAUCCUCCCGGAGAAGGUGGCUCGCGUCUUCCUGCAGCAGCUCGCCUGCGCCCUCAAGUUCCUCCAUGACCGCAACAUCUCCCACCUGGACCUGAAGCCACAGAACAUCCUCCUGAGCGCCCCGGAGAACCCCCAGCUGAAGCUGGCAGAUUUCGGCUUUGCGCAGUACAUGUCCCCGUGGGACGAGAAGCACGUGCUGCGGGGCUCCCCGCUCUACAUGGCCCCCGAGAUGGUGUGCCGGCAGCAGUACGACGCCCGCGUGGACCUGUGGUCRGUGGGCGUCAUCCUUUACGAAGCUCUUUUCGGGAAGCCGCCCUUYGCUUCCCGCUCCUUCGCCGAGCUGGAGGAGAAGAUCCGCAGUGACCGGGCUGUGGAGCUUCCCAGCCGGCCCCAGCUCUCUCAGGAAUGCCGGGAUCUCUUGGGACAGCUCCUGGAGAGGGACCCUCUGAAGCGCAUCUCCUUCGAGCGCUUCUUUGCCCACCCCUUCGUGGACAUGGAGCACRUCCCCGGCCCCGAGAGCCUCGGCAAGGCGACCAACCUGGUGGUGGAGGCGGUGAGGAAGGAUCAGGAGGGGGACGCCAACGCCGCCCUCUCCCUCUACUGCAAAGCUCUGGAGUAUUUUGUGCCAGCACUGCACUAUGAAAGCGACAUGCGWCGCAAAGAAGCCAUCAGGGCCAAGGUGGGGCAGUACAUCUCCAGAGCAGAGGAGCUGAAGGUGUUGGUCACCUCCAGCAACAAGAACCUCCUGGAGAAAGGCAAUCCAGCCAGAGAGCUCCUUAAAGAGAUGGCCAAGGACAAGCCUCGGCUCUGCGCRGCGCUGGAGGUGGCUUCGGCCGCCAUCGCCAAGGAGGAGGAAGGCAGGGAUGACAGUGACACCCUGGAGCUGUACCAGCAGAGCCUGGGGGAGCUGCUGCUGCUCCUGGCCGCGGAGCCAGCGGGGCGGCGGCGGGAGCUGCUCCACGCUGAGAUCCAGACCCUGAUGGCCCGAGCCGAGUACCUGAAGGACCAGAUCAAGAUGCGGGAGGCGCAAUCCAUGGGCAAGGAGGCGCUGGCAGAGUCCGUCCGGAGCGGUGAGUGCCCCUCUGCCCAGGGGACAUGGGGAAUGUCCCUCCAGCUGCCACAGCCAUGGCACGGGGACAUCCYGGCCCUGCACACCCUCGUGUCUCCGCCCGGCGGGGUGGCAGUGGCGAGUGCAGCCCAGUGAGUGUCCCCUGUGUCCCCCGGCACAGCCUGUACCUURCAGUGACGCUCCUCGCUGCCCUGCYAGGACGCGCCGGCGCAAAGGCUUCCGUCCCCUGCACCGGGGUGACGCCUCGGGGGUCACCCUGGGGCUGUCGGUCCCGGGGGCUCUGCGGGCCCAUCUGCCCCUCUGGCAGG